GUGUUGGGCUGUAAGGAGAUUAAAAAAAAUAAAUUAGUCAUACGUUUUUGUGUUUAUAAUGACGUCAUGUUUUUGUGGCGUUUGUGUGUUGUGGCGGCCUUUCGGGGAGUGGUGUCUCCAGUGGCACCAAGGCGCUGGGUCAACAGGCAGAUUCAGCUCCCUAAUAGGCAGUUGGAACCAAACCUAUGGUUGGAGCUUUACGGAUGGUUGAUUAUUUAUGUGUCUGCAACAUUGGUGUUCAAUUGCAUUUUAAGCUAUUCAUAAGGUGUUGUGUUUUUAUAACCGUGUCUAAACCUAUAGAUACCCCGUUUCAUGCACUCUGUUCUGGAUAAACACAUACUUUCGCCAGUUCGGGAAUGGCCGAGGGGUCAACCUUUAAGCAUGACCUCAGCUCCUCUCUCUUCCUCUGACUCACAACACUACAAUAACAAAAGAAAAGAAGCAAAACAAAAUGGCCGCUUCCACAUUCAACCGAAACAACAGCUGCAUAGAGGACUGUGGAGGGCUGGUGCUCUAACCAGCCGUCUGGGCCACGGGAAGCUUUAGAGAGCCCAGGAUGAUGUAAACAAAGCCUGAACCGGGGGCUGGCGAAACGACAUGGACAACGUCGGCCCUCCCACAUAAACACAUUAGUCAUCAUGUCUUAAGUGCCUGUUUCCCAAGCCCAUCUCUCUCCACUAUGAGUUGUGGGCAUGUUGUUGUUUAGGCUUUGUUAGGGUCUUUUUGUGUUAAUUUGAGGGUUGUUUAACUUUUCUUCUAAGAAAUGUAAAACAAUACACAUACUUCAGUUGCUCAUCCUGAAGGAUUGCGUUCCCAUUCAACAACUCCCCCCCACACUGCCACUCCUUCUCAGAGGAAACCUCAAAUAACACAUACCCAGCAACCUUUGUCAUCUUUCAAAAAGAAAAAAGGUGCUUAGCGACCACCCAUCCAACAGCAGUGCCCAUGUGGUACUCUCUAAGCCAAUACAGCCCUGAAACAAAAAUAGCCAAUGACAGUGUCCAUUUCAUCCUCCUCACUUCUGGCCCUGCCGUUCACUGCCUCCCAUUGCAACUGCCACUCGACACCCGCUCAGAGGUUCCAAUGUGGGCAAGCUAGCUAGCUCCAGAGUUCCUAUACUCAAGUUGGGCCACACCAACGGGUGUGUCUAUUUCAGUAUCUCCGUAUCGGACAGCGAGACGGUUGCCUGCAGUGGUUUAGAACAUGGAGCUGAGGGCUUCAGUCAGUUAAGUUGUUUGGAUCGAUAUUACCGGACUUUCAGUUUUUUCCUUUUGGAUUCACUCAACCUCUACAUGGAAGACACAUUUGGAAGGAAGCAGUGAUACCCAACCUACUCGUCCUCAUGGGGACCUGAAGGGACUGUCAGCCGAUGGUCCGUUGGACUGCACACAGUCAGAUCAAAGGGGAGACGUGACAGACACACACCCAGGAAACCCAGGCCGCUGUCGGGACAGUCAGACGAACAGCACGCCAUGACCUGUGUGGAGAAGCGUCACCUGGGCCAGCGGGCGGGGAGCAUGCUGCACCAUCGCUUCCCCAACGGCUUCACCGAGCUGCUCAUGGACGAGGCCGACCGGGAGGUCAGCACCCUGACGGACCGGGCCUUCCGGAGUCUCUGCGUGGGGGACGACGCCGUUUACAACGACGAGUUCACCUACGGAUUUUCACCGUUCAACUGCCACAAGCCUUUAGUGGGGACGCCUCGCAAAACAAAGUCGAAGGAGUCUAAAAAGCAAGCGCAGUCGCAGCAUCACGGCAGCAAUGGCGGGAAAGACUUGCAGCAGAGUAUGACCCAGGUGUCGUCUUUCCUGAAGGCAUUGAGCGCCACGGAGAAAGGCUGCAAGGGAAUAUUGGACAAUAGCGUCGAGCAGGACUCUAAUGGAGAAUCAUGGGAUAAAUCGGCACUUCGUAGCAUCCGGAUGGAGCUCUCCGAUUUUUCUUUGGAUUAUCAGGACACGCUUGCGGAUGGACAUUUUGGGCAAAACGGCCGUCACCGAAAUCCCUCUGGUGAUGGCUCGUCGAAGAAGUCUGGAAAAGACGCCUCAAAAGUAAGGAAUGGGAAGUCCACUAUCCAACUGAGAAAACUGAAUAUUAAAAACUUUUUCCUUCAUAGUGAAUUUAGCCCUUUUCAGAUGUGGAGGGACAUCAACCGGUUCCCAUUCGGGCGGGAGGAGAUAGUUACUUCUAUCCCCUCGGACAAGAUCCCCAAAUGGUAUGAUUCCCCACUCUACAGGGAGCUGGCAGAGGCCCAUAGAAUAGAUAUCUUCCAUGCAGAGGAUUCCCAAACAUGUCUGAAAGCCCUUGCCAAAGAACCCUCUAUGUCUGCAGAGGGGGUGGAACCGUGUCCGAGAGUUGGGGCUGGACCUCCUCCAACCCCUGCUACAAAACCUCACCCCCCACCUCCUCCACCAAAGGUCCCACCAAAGCCCAAAGUCCUUCUGGCUGAAAUGCGGUGCUCCUCUAACACAAGUGAAGCAAAUGCUGCCCCCUGGAGGCAAAACAAAUCAAGGUCAAGAAGCGCUCUUCCUGUUAAUCUGCCUAACGUGAUCCCCCCUCCUCAAGGUCGCAUCUCCAAAACAAUAGUGGAGAGUUUGAGAGCUGAGAGUGUCGUACAGGUGAAACAGGAAGCUAUAAGUGUUAAAGUCCAAGCUAUCGAGGAGUGCUGCUCUGCGGCCUCCACUCCGUUUAGCAUCUGUCAGCUGAUGACUCCUCUUAUUCCAUCAAGACAGCCGACGGAAACAUCAGAGAUUCUCCAAUUAGCCCUCGACCUGCCCCUCAGACCGGACUCAGAGGCCAGGUUGGGCUCUGAAACGCCCAUCAGGCGAGAGGGUUACAAGUCCCUAGCCUCGAGCAUCCUCUUUAACCUCAAAGACAACAGGAAAAGAGUUAAGAGUCGGUACAGCCCACCUAAAUUCAGAUCAUCAGAGAUGCCUGAUCGCGACACCCAGCCACCACGAGUGGAUAACGGCGGCCAUACAAACAUGGGAUCUGAGGGACUUGCUUCAGGCUUAAACACACCGGCCAUCUUUAAAGAAGGGUGGGUUUCUUGCAGUCCGGUUUCAAAACAAGCCAACACCCCAUGUGUUGAUGCUGGGAAACACGAUUUCUGUUCGCCCUUGUCCGAUGACUAUUUAAUAACAAAUUUAUUGCAGACAAAAAGAGAGGCCUUGGGAAGCAGAAAUCUAGGUGAAGAGAAUUAUCUUGCACCUGUAAUGCAGAUGAAAAACCACAGGAGCCCAAUGGUAAUCAAGAAAAACUAUCCGUCCCUGAAUUUGUACAAGAAGGCCUUCACUGCUGAUAUUGGGGCUGGUCCACCGCAAGCCCCACAGAAGGCAUUAAGUGUCUCUCCCGAUAACAGACGCCGUCUUUUAAAGCAAACAAAGGAACCUUUGCCAGAUGCACCAAAGGGGGAAGCUGUCAACGCAGAGCUUUCACCAUAUAUUGUUCAACGACUGUCACCCAAAAUAGCAGCAGAUGUUAAAGUACCAUCUCCCUAUAAACAGGAGAAAGAGAGCUUGGCUUAUAAACAACACCUACCAGAAAAAACCAGUAGCUCGGAAACCCAAUCAAAAGACUUUGCACAGUUCAUAGCUGUUAAUGAUAAAGAUGCCAGUUCCCAUCCUCCAAGUACGAUGGAUGUCAUUAAUGCAGCCAGGGACGCAAUAAAUGCAGAAAAAAACAAGGCGAGUCACUCGAGUCACAUCAAAAACAUGAUUUCAGAGCCCAAAAGAAAACUGACCAAGAGAAACACAGAUAACUCAAAAGAAGAUAUUAUUGAAGAAAGGUCCGUUAUGGAUCAUCACUUCCAUCAAAAUAAAACAGGUGGAUUAAAUGACAUAUUUUCUGAAAAUACUACUGUCAAAAGAAAUCCCCCACCAGUGCCAAAGCGAAAUUUCACUAAAUCGGAUAUUAUACCUACUCUUGAGAAACUAUCAGACUUACCAAGCCCAACUGAUGAAUACCUGAUCGAGAGAGAUCCGUGCAAUGCUAAAAAUGAUUAUAUACCGAAAUAUGUAAGUGAUUCUGUAAGGAAGGAUGCCAGAAAGAAACAUGUAUUUUCUGCGAGGCAGAACAAUUAUAUCAAAACUCAAAGACACGCAGAGAGGGAGGACGAGCAGGAAGAAGUUCAUAACGAGGGUAAAAAUAAAGUGAGAAUAGGUUUGGGAAAGAAGGAAGAGAUGAUGAGAGACAGUGGGCACAUCAUUAAUGAUUUGAAUGCUUUAAAAGAGCUGGAAAGGGCGAGACGAGGCGAUGUUCUCGAUAAAGCAAGGGAAAGACGAGGGUCUAUUAACAUAGAUGAAGAGACGAAGGCAAAGAACGACCUGAUCUCCAGGGAGCUGAGAAAUAUCAAAAAGGGGAUGUUAUCCAUGAGAGGUAACACACAAGCCAAAAGGGACAUGUUUACAAAGAAAGAACAAGAACGUAACAAGCAGGAGGGUUUCCCAAAGCUAGAUAACCAUGUUCUCAACAAAGCAAUUAUAAAUGACAAUUAUGACCGAGCAAAAAUGGCACUUGAGGAAGUCAUAUCGGAAAGACAAAAGUAUAAAUCGUUGAAGGAAAAGGACACAGACCCGUUGUUAGCAGAAAACACUGCUACUGAGCAUGAUUAUGCACAGUGUCAAGAGCAACGUGAGACGGUUUUGCAAAAUUUCACGGCGGAUGCAAAGGAAAAUCUAAAUGGUCGCAUGCUUGCACUUAGAGAUAUGGAGCUCAAAGAGAGGUUAGGCGAUCUGAGGGAUCAUAAUCAAAUCAAACAUAUUCUGUCACAGACUGAAACUAGGCCCGGUGCAGGUCAUCAGUUGUGCAGAAUGGUCCCUCUGCCAGGUAUAAAUGCAGUCAGUGGUGACUUGAAAAAACGGCUAGCGAGCAACUCUAACGAUUUAAACAAUGGAAUAGAACAACUCAACGAUGCAAGGCACAUCCCUGAUUUAGAGCUGAAAAACAAUUUAGUAAGACCCAAAACAUCUGACGAAAACGGGAAACAAUUGUUGAAAGAGAAUAAAGAAAAUCUGAAGAUGAAGGAUGUACCUCCUGUGCCACCUGUUCCACCGAGGAGCAAAAAAGGAGUUACUAGAAAGGAUGAGGAGGAUAAUAUAAAAGAGUCUGGAAGCGCUAUGGAUGGAACUGAGGAGGACUUCUCCAUUAAAGACGGUCCUAAAGAUAAAAGACCCUCUAUUACGGAUGUUCAUACAGACUCAGAAAGGGAAGAACAAAAUAGAGAAACCUUCAAUCAUAAGCUUGGGAAAAAGAAUGAGAAGACAAACUCAACAGUUGAGGGACAUCCAAUCCUACCUGAAUGUGUUACGUCUUCUGAGCUGCAGACCAAAAAUGGCUCUGUCUCACCAAGAGAGGAAAGAAGGAGAGAAAUAACCUACAGCCAAGAGAGUCUUUGCAGUCUUGGAUCACCGCGGAAGGUUAAGCGCAAGGCCCCACUAAGGCCGGAUGAUGUAUGCCCAGUAGAGCCCUUGAACCAAGAAAGUAUUCUCCUAACAGAGAAAACAGGAACUACAAAUCUGAUAACAGCCGAGGCUGAUCAAACAACCAAAGCCGAAGUGAUACCGGAUCAGGUGGCUGCCAUUGACAUACCUAGAAACAUUGUGUCUCCUCUAGUGUUAGUAAAUGGCUAUAAUAUUAACCAAAGCCCUCCUGAUCAAGCUAGUCUUUCAUCAAAGUCGUCUUAUUUCUCUGUGGAGAGUGCUGGACACAGAAACAAUGACGUUUAUCACUCUUUGGAGAAUUUGACUGCAGGGUUGGAGGAAAAUGACGGAGAGCCUAUUAAUGUCUUGGGAAACCUCAAUAACGAUUCAGUAUCGACAGGAACAGAGCUUGUCUCUGUAUGGGAACGGGAGACAGAAGUUAUGGAGGAAAAUGACGGAGAGCCUAUUAAUGUCUUGGGAAACCUCAAUAACGAUUCAGUAUCGACAGGAACAGAGCUUGUCUCUGUAUGGGAACGGGAGACAGAAGUUUGCAAGCCGUUAUUAAAAACUCCUGGUACAGAGAAAGAAGAAGCGGACCGGGAGGUUGGCAGGCCCAGAGCUGGGGAAGGUGGAGAGGGAGGAAUCGAGAGUCUUAUAAGCCAACAGACAAAGGAAAAGACAAUCAACUCAACACCCAUGUCUCCUGCAAGCACUCUCUCUUCGCCAUCUUUGGACAUCCCUGCCUUAUUCAUCGUCAAAGACAACACAUUCUCUAACAAACCAGUAAAGCCAGUGCAUCUCUGGUUGCCGAAAGAACAUCUCAACGGCUCGGAAUUGUGUGCAAUAAAUCACGUAAAGAAGAAUCUCCCACCGGGUAGCAACACUGCCAUCGCCAGUAGCAACCAUUCUCAAAAUAUUAUUACAAGCUUCGCCCCUGGCGAAGUCUCACCGCAAAACUCCCCACUUAAUAGUUUGUCUCCUUCAAGUGUUUCAAACGAUAUUAAUCUCAGGAGAAGCCAAUUCGGCCCCACUCUAACGGUUCCACAAGAAGAGGACAGAAACUCUGGAGUGAGUCCGUUGUCAGACGGGGUCGAAAGCUGGACAGGGGACUCCAGGGCGGACCUCACUGCUGAGACGGAAGAUGGGGAAAAGGUCUCCAAGAUGCCCAGCGAGAGGUCGGGCUCUCCAUCCAGUGCCAGCGGCAGCCAAUCAGGGCCUUCCAAACCUCCCCCGGUUUUACCUAAAUCGGAGAAGGCCCUUAUGAAAGCAAUGAAGUUGACCACCAGAAGGAUUAAGAAAGAAGAGGGCCAGAAAAAGCCAUCUCAGAAGUCGUCAAGCAGCAGCAGAAAGCCCAGGGCGGUUAAACACAGCGCUGAUAACCCAGGAAAUGUACAGACCGAGGACAAACCCUCUACCACCUCCAGAAGACACACUGAAAAGCGGAGCCAGAGCAUCAACAAGGAGCACGCGCAAAAUAUUGAAGAAAGAUACCAUCCCAACGAGAGCAGUCGUCAUCACAGGCACACCAAGACUAAGACUGAGGAAGCCCAAUAUCCACAGAGAGCCCAAGGCAGCGAUCGACUGGAUCACAGCCAAGUGGUCCGAUCCGGCUACAAGGCAGAAACGCAGGACAGGAAGGAGAGCAGUGGCUGCAGCGUUGAUCGACUUCCUGACGUCAUUUUAACAGAACGGGAAUGCCGCAGCAGUGACCGGCAUCAUCAUCCUCGCGACAAACCCGAACGUAGGAACUACAGCAGUGACAGGGUGAUCAGCAAUGUACCCGUAUACAAAGCCCAAGUCAGCGAAAGUCGGCCAGCAGUAGACAGGCAGUCCAAAAGAUCCCAGAGUGUGGACAGGCAUGUGAGGGAUCACGCGGAGCGCCGAGCCAGUGCGGAUAUGUCGGUCAACACGUCGGAAAUGACUGAAACGAGGAACCAGCGUAUUGAGAAGUCCAUCAUGGAGGAGCUACAGCAGAGGGGUCGCGCCAAGGAGAAAGCCUGCAGAGGAGGAGACGUCACGGUGAAGAGAAGUCACAGCAUCGACGCGUAUGCCACCGAGGCACCCCGCCCAGCCAACCUCUCCCGCCAGUCCAGCUACAGUGGUCAACAGCUGUCGCGUCAGUCCAGCGUGGAGCACACCAUCGUGACUCAGUCCAUCCCCAUGACCCAGCGCAAACUCCUCCAAGAUCCCGACUCAGGGCAGUACUUUUUCGUAGACAUGCCCAUCCAGGUGAAGACCAAAACCUUCUAUGAUCCAGAAACAGGGAACUAUUUGCAGUUGCCUGUCCAGCCACCAGAGGGCGCCAUACCUCAGGCGCCCACCAUGGAGGUGUUAAACACCCCGAUGGUGCUCUACCACGGAUUUGUCCCGGUGCCCAUGACGUCCAUAUCCCAUAAAUCUGUCGUGCAGGCCUCCCAAAUGGAGCAGGACGAGUUUGAACGGAGGCAGAAUGAGAGGUCACGGCAGGUGUACAGUAACGAAGGCCGUCCCUAUUUAGAACCAGUUUAUGGUCAACACGACCACAUGCUGGGAGACUUUCUGGGUGUAGAGGAGCUGGAUUGUGCUAGCUGAUAUAGAGCAAGGGCUUUUAAAUAGACUUAGGAACUUUCAGGUUUUAUUUCAUUUGGAUUUCUGGUGAUGUUUUUAUGCUUAAAAACAUUGCUCACUCUGAUAAAUGACACAUUUGUUCUAAAAGUCCCCACCAUUCAUUGUUGUAAGGAGAUGGCUUUUUGAACUGGAAUGAAGUCAACCGUGUGAAUCUAUUGUUCAAAUAAUGCAGGGAAGAUGGUGAUUGUUGGUGUGUGUGUGUGUGUGUGUGUGUGUGUGUGUGUGUGUGUGUGUGUGUGUGUGUGUGUGUGUGUGUGUGUGUGUGUGUGUGUGUGUGUGUGUGUGUGUGUGUGUGUGUGACUGUUAGGAACUUAUUUUGUGUUACAAUGUGCAAUUUCAUAUUUUUUUUAUAGUGCUUUAAAUUGAUGUAUAUAUAUAUAUAUAUUGUUCGUUGUAUGUGAUAAGAAAAAUGAAAGACAGAUGUAAAUCUUGAAAUUGUAAUCUAAUGUUGACGAGUCAAUUGCAAUUUAAGAGUUUUGGAUGUAUUUCUGGUUAAGCACUAUAAUGGUGGUCCUCAAUUUCAUAUUUUUCCACAUAGGUUUGCAGUCACAAAGAGCACUAUUAAAGUUCCUUGAAUAUACGUUCUUUGAGUUAAUCCUGGUUAUAUCCUGUGAAGGAUCGCACAAAAAGGGCUGUUUAUGCAUGCAGACGUUUUAAAAACGAUUUUAAAGGAAGAAGUUAUUUUGCAAUCAUUUAUAGAAUAAACUGUAAAAUACCGUUGCCUUUUGCCAAAAAUCAUACAUGCAGAGUACUUUGAAGGAUGCUUAGUUUUGCCUUGGUGUUUCAUUUUGAAUUUCAUCGAUAGACUUCUGUUUAUGUGAUCCAUUCCAAUAAAAACAACAGAUAUUACUGAC